UGGGGUUAAACCACAACAGGAGCAUACGAAAGACUUGGAGACAAAGCCUGAUGAGUCAUCUCUGUUCUGCCGCCUCGAUGCGUUCAGGAAUUCUCACCUCUCGUGCUUUUCACUGUUCCAUAAAUGAGUCACAGUACAUCACAGACAGCGGCAUACCUGAAAGCUACUACAUGCAGGAUCUCUUUCUCAGGGCCGUGAGAGCGUGCAACGGUGACAACUGGCGAACGUCCAUCUCGGGCACGGAACUGGCUCCUCCCGAUUUCUUCAAAGCCUACGAUGACUGUACAGCCGCCUGUGAAGGCUCCCGAGAGAGCAAAGAUUUUAAAGACUUCUCUCUCUCCAUCGCAGGCGAGUGGUUAGGAAACAGGAAGGGAAGAUGUUCCAAAAGUGCGUUUCAGUUUAUCCGUGGGAUUGGCUACCCAAGUCCCGUUCCUCAGUUUGCAGUGGGAAAUGCGCAUGGUGCCCCCUGCUCAGUUUAG